AUGGUCCGUAAAAUCAUAAUUGCUGUUUUAAUAUUUAUUUGUCUUGGAUUCUUCGGAGAAUGUAUAGCACGUAUACAGAUGCAUGAGCAUGGAGGUCCUCCCAUAAUAAAUCUACCUGCGAAUACUCUUCAGAAUAAAUACCAGUGGAGGUGUCUGGACAUUUCUACUAAUCCCUUAUAUGUGAAGAACUGUGAUAAUAGUCCCGCUCAAACCAACUUUGCGGUAGAACUUUUACAACAAAGUUACAAUGGUUGCAAUCCAGUACAAAUACUUGGACCAGAUGAAACUAUACCUUCGGAUUGUCUAUCUGCACCUAUUAAAGAAGGCGAUCCAGUAACAGUUAUACCUUGUCUUGUUCCAACGGUUGAACAAAUACAAGGAAUAACAUGGUCAUUUUUAACUACUAUGCCCCCUAGAUUGCAUUCUUAUAAAUAA